AUGGGGGAGGCCCGGGGGGGCGCGGGCGCGGGCGCGUCGGGGGGCGGGCUGUCUCCCUCAGCGCCGCGGAUGCCGGAGGCCGGCGCGGAGGCGGAGGUGGCGACGCUGCUGCCCUUCCUGGCGCCCGGGGCCCGGGCGGACCUGCGGGCCGAGGCGGUGCGGCACGUGCUGGCGCUGACGGGCUCCGGGCCCGGGCGGGCGCUGCUGGCCGGCCAGGCGCUGCUGCUGCGGGCGCUGGUGGAGCUGGCGGCGGCCCCGGCCCCGGCCCCCGCCCGCGACGCCGCUCGCGCGCUCGUCAACCUGGCCGCGGAGCCUGGGCUGCACGAGCCGCUGCUGGAGGCUGAGCCCGCGCUGCCCGCCCGCCUGCUCGGCCGCGCCCUGGACCCAGAGUGGCCCUGGGCGGAGGAGGCGGCCGCCGUGCUCGCCAACCUCAGCCGCGAGCCGGCGCCGUGUGCCGCGCUGAUGGCCGCGCUGGCGGCCGCGGGGCCGGGGGGCUCGGGCCUGGAGCGGCUGGUACGCGCGCUCUGCACGCCCGGCUACAACGCCCGGGCGCCCCUGCACUACCUGGGGCCGGUGCUCUCCAACCUCAGCCAGCGCCGCGCCGCGCGGGCCUUCCUGCUGGACCCCGACAGGUGCGUGGUCCAGCGGCUGCUGCCCCUCACCCAGUUCCCAGACUCCUCGGUGCGCAGGGGCGGGGUGGUGGGGACCCUGCGAAACUGCUGCUUCGAGCAUCGACACCACGAGUGGUUACUUGGGCCCAAAGUGGACAUUCUCCCCUUCUUGCUGCUGCCACUGGCUGGGCCUGAGGACUUCUCUGAGGAGGAGAUGGAGCGGCUGCCUGUUGACCUGCAGUACCUGCCGCCAGACAAGCAGCGGGAGCCUGAUGCUGACAUUCGAAAGAUGCUCAUUGAGGCCAUCAUGCUGCUGACAGCCACAGUGUUUGGUCGGCAGCAGGUGAGGAACCAGGGAGCCUAUCUGAUCCUGCGUGAGCUGCACAGCUGGGAGCCAGAGCCCGACGUGCAGGUGGCUUGUGAGAAGCUCAUUCAGGUGCUCAUUGGGGAUGAGCCAGAGCAGGGCAUGGAUAACCUGCUGGAGGUACAGGUGCCUGAGGAUGUGGAGCGGCAGCUGCAGCGGCUCGACCAGCAGGAGCAGGAGCAGCACAGCCGGAAGCACCCAGAGGAACUGGCCCCAGAGCCACAAGCACAGGGGGCAGCGCCCACCUGAGGCCCCUGCAGCCUACCGCCAGGUCUGGGUGCACCUUGCUGGCCCUCCUGUCCAGCCCUUCCUGCAGUCACCUGCAGGCCUCUGCGUCUCCCUGCUCAGAGCUCGCCCCGAGCUGAGCAGCAUAGCUGCCCCUAGGCUCACGGUGAGGUCUCUAGGGCGAAUGGCCAAUAAACCUGGGCAAGGGUACCUUCUCGUACCCUGCUGCAUCCAGCCACUCACGUUGCUCAGCGUGGCCCAGGUCGGCCAGAGCUAGCUACGCCCUCUCCCAGGUACCUCCAGGAACCAGCUCAUGAGCCUAGACUGAUAAAUGGUGCCAGCCUGAGCACCCCCAAGGGCAUGACAGAGGCCUGGGCGUCAUGGGUGUCCAGGUGUAAGCAGGGCUGUUUGUUGCCGGUGCCACCCCGAAUCUUCCCUUCAGGACUCCUCAGCUUGCCCUGCCCUGAGAUCAGCCUCAAAGGACUGAUCCCUUGAGACUUGCCCCUGCCUCAGCCUGUCCUGGGAUCUCCUAGGGCUGUACCCCCGGUGUGUCCUUGGAGCGUUUGCUGGGGCCCAUCUGCCUACAUCUCUCCACCUUCCUGCUUGACCUGCGGUAUUGCCCUCAGCCCCUUGCUAGUGUCUCCAGCUCUGGACUGAAGUGAUGCCCCCCUGCCCUCCCUCCCCCAGCUCACACACACACACCCGCUGACUAGGCUCUAUCUUUGGUCAGUUUCCUUGAGUUUCAGAGCCCAUCGCUUGACAGAGUCUCCCUGAGGCACCUGUGGCCCUGCUCUUUGCCAAGCCUUUUCCUUCACCACCCUCUGCCCCCUCGGAGCCCCUCGUGUGGGGCCUUGUGUUCUGCAGCUGCCAAGCCAAGCCUGCUAGGCCGUCAGCACGGCCUCCCCGCGCCCUGCUCCUUUCCUGGUGCCAUCUUUUGCACAAGACUCCUGAGUACUGGCCUCCGCAGGCCUUUGCUCUCUGGCACUGGUGUGCCGCCACCUGGCAUCCUGAGUGUUUCCAGUGUCCUCUGCACAUGUCCUCCAUCGUGACACUGCCUCCAAAGCUGGAGGCCCAUUCCAGUUCCUCCCAGUGAGGCUGGGCUUCAUGGAUACAAGCUCUCCCCUUCCUUCAUGUACUCUCCAUAUAUUUUUUUUUUUCUUGUCCUGAUUAAAGCUCUGGCAUGGAAGCAUG